AUGGUACUCAAUGACUGGCGAUCAUUGAUUUUGACGGCCACCCUCGACUUCCGACUCUUCGGCGGCCUUGAAGACGUGCCCCAUGAGAUUGCAAAGCACGAGGCGAUCCAAAUGACAAUGUUCACGUUCGAUUCACCCUCCCAGCACGUUCUUCUCCACGUUCCUGCGAGGCCGUAG